AUGAAGCCUUCCUAUGGAGAACAAACUCCGUGUAAGCUAGACGAGUCCGACGACCUAGACGAAUACGAAGACGGAUACGAGGACAAAUACGAAGCCGAUUACAAGGAGGAAUAUGAGUACGAAGACUAUACGAAGGCCAACCGAAGACAGAGAAGAAUUAGAAGACGAAGAAGAAAACGAAAGCUUGCCGUGUUGACAUUUUUCGCCACUUUCUGUUUAGCGAAUACACUGCAGAAUGUCACCGAUGGACCUCUAACGAAAAAUUCACUUGCCCGGUCAGUUUAUGCAUCUUCAUUACCGCGAAGUUGUGCAGAAGCAUUCGCAGCCGCUCGUAGCGCAGCACAGAGUGGCAUCUAUCAGUUACACCUGCCAGAAUGGUUUGAACACCCGUUCUACGUGUACUGCCUAAAGGAUCCUAAUGGUGGCGAUGCUUGGACAGUAUUUCAGCGUCGCCAGGACGGAUUGGUGAAUUUUUAUCGCACUUGGCGAGACUAUCAAACUGGGUUUGGUAAUUUGGAUGGCAAUUUCUUUAUUGGCUUGGAUAAGUUGCAUGCCUUGACUCAAGUGGAGUUGCAAGAGUUGUGGAUUGAAAUGAUGGAUUAUACGGGCACACAUGUGCAUGCGAAUUAUGAAAGUUUCGCUGUGGGCGACGAGGAGGAGAAGUAUGCGCUGAAUAUUAUAGGCAAAUAUUCGGGCACUGCCGGCGAGGCGCUAAAGGAUUUUCAUGAUGGUCAAAAAUUUAGUACUUUCGAUGAGGAUAACGAUGAGUAUGUGGACAACUGCGCCGAGAUUUGGAAAGGAGCUUGGUGGUACAAAGACUGUUGGUGGAGUAAUUUGAAUGGCAUGUACAACAACUCAUUAUUUUGGAAUGGACGCUAUCCAAACAAUAUGAAGUACACCCACAUGGCUAUAAGGCCGAAGAAACGGCUAUAAAUCACUUUA